AUGCACUGAUGCUCCACCUGUGGCUCUCUCUCGUCCCUCUCCACCAACACUUCAAUACUCUGUCCCACAGCUCCAAGAAUGGGAAAAUCAGAGAGCCAAAUGGAUAUCAUGGAGAAAAGCACUAAACCGAGGAAGCAUCGCUGGACUGUAGCGGAGAUCGGACUGUCUGUCACUGUGCUGCUGAUGAGCUGCGCUCUGGCUGGACUCAUAGUGCUCUACACUUCAGCUCUGAGAGAGCGUUUUAACAUAAAUGAAUCUUCAAAAGGGCUGAAAUAUCGAUCAAACGCUGACAGCAAUGUCUGUACAACCCCACAGUGUGUCACUGCCGCGGCCCGACUGCUCCAGAACAUGGACCCCAGCGUGGAGCCGUGCCAGAACUUCUAUCAGUACGCCUGCGGAGGCUGGAUAGAGCGUCACGUCAUUCCCGAAACCAGCUCACUUCACAGCGUAUUCAAUAUCCUGAGAGACGAGCUGGAGAUCGUACUCAAGGGAGUUCUGGAGAUGGAAAAUAAGGAUGACAGAGAGGCCUUCAAGAAAGCCAAAACGCUCUACAGCUCAUGCAUGAAUGAGACUCUGAUCGAGCAGCGCGACUCGCGGCCUCUCCUCAGGCUCAUUGACAGUAUCGGCGACUGGCCCGUGGCCUCUGGGGUCUGGAACAGCACAGCAGAGCAAGUGUGGAGACUGGAGGAUACCCUGGCUGUUCUGAACGCUCGGUACAAUAAGAAGGCUGUGUUUGAGAUGUUUGUGUGGCCAGAUGAUCGCGACUCCAGCCGCUACAUUAUUCAUGUUGACCAGCCAGCACUAGGAAUGCCUUCAAGAGAUUAUUACCUCAGUGAUGGGAAUUAUAAGAAGGUGCGCAAGGCCUACCUUGAGUUCAUGGUGUCCAUAGCAAGGAUUGCACGAGAAGACAGGAACCUGACCCAAGACGAAGAACGUGUGAGGGAGGACAUGACUCAAGUGUUGGAGCUGGAGACAGACAUUGCGAACGCUACCUCACCUGCAGAAGAGCGCAAUGACAUCACCGUCCUCUACAACAAAAUGACACUGAGAGAAGUGCAGCAAGCUUUCAACCUCAAUGGCUUUAACUGGAUGCGCUACAUCCAGGGUAUCAUGUCCAGUGUGUCAGUCACGGUGCAACCAGAUGAACCCAUCGUUGUGUACUGCUCACCGUACCUGGAGAAGCUCAGUGAUGUUCUUUCCAAACACAGUCACAGGACUCUGCAGAACUAUCUGGCGUGGAUGCUCAUCAUGGAGAGGGUCAGCAGUAUGAGCCGGCGCUUCAAAGACGUGAGAGCGCACUACAGAAAGGCUUUGCAUGGCACUACGGUAGAGGAGGCGAGGUGGAGAGACUGUGUCCGUUAUGUCCAGGGAAACAUGGAGAACGCCGUCGGGGCCCUGUACGUCCGCGAAACCUUCUCUGGAAACAGCAAACGCAUGGUGCGUGACCUGAUCAGAAAGAUUCAGGAAGCUUAUGUGGAAACACUGGAAGAACUGAGCUGGAUGGAUGAACAGUCCAAGGAGAAGGCCAGAGAGAAGGCCAUGGCGAUAUCGGAACAGAUCGGUUAUCCCGACCACAUCCUUGAGGAGGAAAAUAAGAAAUUGGACAAGGAAUACACACACCUGAAUUUCAGUGAGGAGAACUACUUUGAGAACAUUCUGGAAAACCUGGCAGCUUCAGCCCAGAAAGUUCAUAAGAAGCUGAGGGAGCCUGUGGAUCCUGACAUGUGGAUUAUUGGUGCGGCUGUGGUCAACGCUUUCUAUUCACACAACAGAAACCAGAUUGUGUUUCCUGCUGGCAUCCUCCAGCCUCCGUUCUUCAGUGAAAAACAGCUGCAAGCUCUAAACUUUGGUGGAAUUGGCAUGGUUAUAGGACAUGAAAUCACUCAUGGAUUUGAUGAUCACGGCCGUAAUUUUGACAAGGAUGGGAACAUGUACAACUGGUGGAGCAACUACUCUGCCGAGCGCUUUGAGGAUCAAUCUAAAUGCAUGGUGGAACAGUACGGCAAAUUCAGCUGGAAACUCGCAGGAGGCCAAAAUGUCAGUGGCAUCACAACAUUAGGAGAGAAUAUUGCUGACAACGGUGGAGUUCGUCAAGCAUAUAAGGCGUAUAUGAAGUGGGUGGAGAGGGAGGGCGAGGAGCCCCAUCUUCCUGGACUGGAUAUGGAUCACAAACAGCUCUUCUUUCUAAACUUCGCCCAGGUCUGGUGUGGUGCCUGCCGCCCAGAGUACGCCAUUCAGUCCAUCAAAACAGACCCACACAGCCCUCUGGAAUACAGGGUUCUGGGGUCCCUCCAGAACUUUGAGGCCUUUUCUGAAGCAUUUCAUUGCGCACGAGGAGCUCCUAUGAACCCCGAAGAGAAAUGUCGAGUGUGGUAACCUGCCGCCGGAGAUACAGGAGUCUGUGUAUAUUUUACAAACUAGGCAACGGUUAGGAGAGCUUGGAUCAUAUUAUGUUGUUCUGUGGCGGCUGCCUGGCUGUUAGUCUGAUAUGACGGACACGACCAAGGUGUGCGACACCUACAUGUGUGACUGCAUAGAUGUCUACUGUGAACUUUCAAAUGCGCACAUAUAACCAACGAGUGUAGGCGUCGUGAACGUGCACAGUGAGGGUGUUGUUUUUCUGGAAAAGAGGCAUGCUUUUUCAUUGUCUGUUUAAGAGACUUUUAAGCAAGAUUUCGUCCUGUUUGCCUGUUUACAGGUUUCUUGUGACACAUGACUAAUUUUGGCAUCGGAAAACACGUAAACGAAAGAGUUUCAUUGUAACGACAGGGCUUAUUGACAUCAGAUUAUUUUUUCCAGAUUAUGUAAACGGAUAAAUCCCUCGGUUGGCUCUCGAUUCUGUCGGCUCUCCAAGAAGAUAUCCGUUGUGCUUGAGCG